AAUGUCAGCAUUACAAUAGAAACAUCAAAAUGUCAGUAUUGUUAAAAAUAUUUUUGUUAAAUUUAGUUUGUUGAUGUCGGCUGAAGGGGCUUUUGCCCACCUCCCUCGCCAACAGAAAACCAAUGCGAAUCCGGUAUAGGAACGUGCAGAGGACACUCAGUCGCUGGCACAGUCAUGCUUUCAGUAAGAAAUACCUACUGUUCACGAACCUUGGUGUCUCGAUCGGUUUAAGUAUGCUGGGUGACACAUUCGAGCAGUCAUACGAGCGAUACACUGGCCAGAUCCAGGGCUGGGAUCGGACGCGUACCCUGCGAAUGGGCAUCUCUGGCUUCACUGUGGGCAUUGUUUGUCAUUAUUGGUACCAAUAUCUGGACUACUAUUACCCCAAACGGAGCUUCAGUACGGUUGUCCGCAAAAUUAUUUUAGAUCAAUGCAUUUGUUCGCCAUUCUACAUCAGCAUUUUCUUUCUAACCAUGGGCUUAUUGGAGGACAAAUCCUGGGAGGAGGUGAUGGAGGAGAUUCAUGACAAGGCUUGGACACUCUACAAAGCCGAGUGGACCGUGUGGCCGAUCGCCCAGAUGAUUAACUUUUUUUUCGUAGCACCAAAAUAUCGAGUUUUAUAUGACAAUAGCGUUAGCUUGGGCUAUGACGUGUUCACUUCCAGAGUAAAGUACGCAAAAAAGCCAGAGCCGCCGAAGAAAGUUUCCGGUGCCAGAGCAUUGGAUUUAUACAACGUGUACAGCAAUCAGAAUAGCCCAAGACCAAAUACAACAUAAAACUUCUAGAUACUCACACUUUCGCGCACAUCGAAUACCAAA